ACGUGGAUGCUGAUAGGACGUCGAGGGGCGCGCACGUACGCACGUACGCACGCAGCGUCAGAUCGUUCCCAACCAUGGCGGAAUUUGCUCGACUUGACAGCAGCUCAAGUACUCAUACGAUGGAUAAAAGCAUUACUCUUCCGCCAGACGAAAUAUUCCGCAAUUUGGAAAACGCAAAGCGAUUUGCAAUAGACAUAGGUGGAUCUCUCACAAAGCUCGCCUACUACUCAACUGUGCAACACAAGGUGGCCAAAGUACGAUCUUUCGACCACACCACAAAGGAGGCUACCAGUGACAAUCUCUAUGAAAUAUCCGUGCAGGAAGAGGUCACUGCACGCCUGCACUUUAUCAAGUUUGAAAAUGCCUACAUUGAAACAUGCUUGGACUUCAUCAAAGACCACCUGGUCAACACGGACACCAAAGUUAUCAAAGCCACAGGUGGAGGGGCGCACAAGUUCAAAGAACUCAUUGAGAGGAAACUCGGACUCAAAGUGGACAAAGAAGAUGAGAUGACCUGCCUCAUCAAGGGCUGUAACUUUGUGCUGAGGAACAUACCCCACGAGGCUUUCGUGUUCGCCAAGCACGCCGACUCAGAGUUCCGCUUUCAGACGACUCAGCCUGACAUCUUCCCCUACCUGCUCGUAAACAUCGGCUCUGGCGUGUCCAUAGUCAAGGUUGAAUCGGAGGACACAUUUGAGCGGAUAGGAGGAAGCUCAAUCGGCGGAGGGACGUUCUGGGGCCUCGGAGCCUUGCUCACAAAAACAAAGAGAUUUGACGAGUUGCUACAAAUGGCCUCGAAAGGGCAGCACACAAGCGUGGACAUGCUGGUGAAAGAUAUCUACGGAGGAUCUUACGGGUGUUUGGGUUUGACUGGAGAUCUUAUUGCGAGCAGUUUUGGAAAGUCUGCUACUGCUGACAAAGAGUUUUCUAAAGAAGACAUGGCCAAGAGCUUACUCCAUAUGAUCAGCAACGACAUCGGACAGCUGGCCUGUCUGUAUGCCAAGCUCCACAACCUGUCCCGAGUGUACUUUGGAGGCUUCUUCAUUAGAGGACACCCGGUCACCAUGCACACAAUCACCUACAGCAUUAACUUCUUCACCAAGGGUGAAGUUCAGGCCUUGUUCCUCAGACAUGAAGGUUAUCUCGGAGCCAUUGGAGCAUUUCUUAAAGGAGCAGAGGAGGACAAUCCAAACCAGUACAGUUGGGGUGAGAAUUAUGCGGGAAGCUCCGGCCUGAUGAGCGUUUCUCCAGAUAUGAAUCCCAUGCAACGUGCACGUAGUGGAACGUUUUCCUUUGACAUGUUGGAGAUGGACCGCCUGGAGAGGAAGCUGGUGAAUCUGCCGCUGCUGCAGGACGCUUCAUCUUAUAUUCCCGACACCGUGGACCUCAUAGAGGACGCUCCGGCCCGCGAAUACUGGCUCUUCUGCUUCGAGGAGGCGCUAGACGGGGUGGUUAAGAGAGCCGUAGCGAGCCAGCCUGACAUGCCGGAGGCCGCCGAGCGAGCCGAGAAGUUCCGUCAGAAAUACAGACACAAGCUUCAGACCCUCCGCCACCAGCCUUUUGCUUAUGGAUCCCUCACUGUCAGAAGUCUGUUAGACACGAGGGAACACUGUUUAAAUGAGUUCAACUUUCCUGAUCCCUACUCCAAGAUCAAGCAGACGGAGAAUGACAUGGCUCUGAAGUACUACCAGAAGGCAGUGAAGUCCUUGGAGGAGUUGAGCUGGGAGCAGAGGCAGUUUGCUCUGGUCAGGGGCGUCCUGGCUGGCAACGUCUUCGACUGGGGAGCCAAGGCCGUGUCCGACGUCCUCGAAUCUGAUCCCGAGUUCGGCUUCGAGCAGGCUAAACGACAGUUGGAAGAGCGGCCGUGGCUUGUUGAUUCCUACGACCAGUGGUUCGAGAGACUAAAGGGUCCUCCUCACAAGUGUGCCUUGUUUUUCGUAGAUAAUAGUGGAGUAGACAUCAUUCUAGGGGUGAUGCCUUUUGUCAGAGAGCUUCUCUCUCGAGGAACAGAGGUUGUGUUGGCCAGCAACUCCGGUCCGGCUUUAAACGACGUAACGAACGGGGAACUGCAGAUAUUGACCGAAAGCAUCGCUGCUAUGGAUCCAGUGAUUCACGCCGGUCUGACGGAGGACAGGCUGACGUUGGUUCAGAGUGGCUCCAGUUCACCCUGCCUGGAUCUGAGCCGUCUGGACAAAGUGCUGGCGAUGGUGGUGCGGGAGCGGAAGAUCGACCUGGUGAUCAUCGAAGGAAUGGGCCGAGCCAUUCACACCAACUACUACGCCAUGCUCAGCUGCGAGAGCCUCAAAAUGGCCGUCAUAAAGAACUCGUGGCUGGCCGACCGUCUGGGAGGAAAGCUGUUCAGCGUGGUCUUCAAGUACGAGGUACCGGCUCCCGACCUCCACUGUGAGGCGCUGACGCCCUCAUGAGCGACAGAACCCGCGUCGGAGCGGAACGUCGGAAAUCGAGCAACCGGAACGGAUUAGCUCUGAAUGUAAGAUGGUCGUAGACCGCCACUAAGUGAACGACUGAUUGGAUGACUAAUUAUAAAAUAGAGGUGAUCGUUAAUUGGGAGGUUUUACAUUUCGUUUUAAAACAUUGUUGAUUUUAACGCUGGUUUCAGGUCUCUGUCCAAUAACCCUGUAAGAUCAGUUCAUUUGCUGCAAUCAUCACUGACUGACAUUAUCCAGUGUUUCCAUGUGACGUCAUCGCCGGCCGUGUUCGGUGAACGGAUCAAGAUCAAUGAAAAACCUGCAUUUAAUUUAGCAUCUGUCGUGGACAUGCUGCCAACGCUGUGCAGACGUGAGCCGAGGAUCCUGCGGCUGGUGUGUGUUCGAGCCGCAGGACUCAUUACAGCUUUGAGCUGAAACACUUUUUACACAAAGUGUAUUUAAUGUGCCUUGAGGCCGAUGUGAUGAAAGCAUCAUUCACUCGCAUUGCUUUUAAUUCCCGUCGGAGGUAAAGUACAACACAAAUAUAUACUUUCUUUCCCAGCAGUCUCACGUCAAAGACCCCUUUUUUCUUUCAUGUUUUAUUACUGCCAGUGAAUGAAUUGAGAUUAAGAAAUGAAUCCUUGUGAAGAUGACAUCAGGGGAAAUGUUUGAGCACUUUGUCACAAAGAGAAUGAGUCGUGUUCUUCCACGAGGUGGCAGUAUUCUACUGUGUUUGUAAAGCCAUUACUUCUCAAAUCUUUACGAAGGUGCUUGGUGUCACAGUUAACGCUGCAUAUUUCAGGUUAAAUAUAGAUUCAAACGGUUUUAAUGGUCAAAGCAUCACAUCUUGUCACGCAGCCGGCCAGGGAGUGACCGUAGUCACCUGGCAUGUGCAAACUGUAAUCCUGUAGACGCUGUUAAAGAAAGAAAAGAAAUGCAAUAAUUCUGCAGCAGAGUUGGAAACAUCAAACACUGUGUGAUUGUGAAGUGGCAGACUGUUGGUGACUUCAUCGUUGUAGGAUUUUAAAAGCCUUGCCUUGGUGUGAACAUGUUUCCUAAAGUUACUCACAUCGCAAUAUUGUAUUUGUCAUAUGUACAUACUGUAUAUGUUAUAUACAAGUGUGUGUGUGUGUGUCUGUCUGUCUGUCUCUGUGUGUGUGUGUCUGUGUCUCUGUGUGUGUGUCUGUCUGUCUCUGUGUCUCUGUGUGUGUAUGCGUUUGUGUGUCUGUCUCUCUGUGUGUGUGUCACACAAAUUUGCAUCAUUUCAGUUAAACACACCAAGCACACUUUUGUGUUCUCUCUUGACAAUCGAUUUUAAUUAAAUGGUGGAAACCUGUA